AACCGAACUUUUCUUCCGAAGUUAUUAUCUGUCAAACUACAUGUCAAUGUAGCCAGUGAUGACACCGGUCCUGAAUGUAAAUAAACAUUUCAAUUUGGAAAUUAUACUUGUUGUUGAUCUUCAAUAAGCAUUAAAAUUGUAUUCUAUCCUUGAAUUUUGUGUUGGAACCGUGAAUAUCAUCCAAUGGCUAAUGUUAUCAUCCAAAAUGUUCGACAUCGACAGGCCAAUCCAAGCACAGUUUAUCAUGCCCUAUAUGGACACUACUUCUUGGGAAUCUCGAAGCAGGAUUUGGCCAAAAUAUAUGGGAAAUCAUUGGCAACCAUUUACAAUUGGUUCACCAAAUAUGAAAAAGACGGCUUGUUCCAGCGAAAGCAGCGGAAACAAACGUAUAAGAAAUUUUCGAGCGAUAUGCGAGAGUGGCUAGUCGAUCUUUAUCGAAAAGAGCCGCUACUUUUCUUGGAUGAAGCUAAGCAGAAGUUUCAACUUUACUUCCAUGUUAACAUUAGCGUUUCUUCUGUCUGCACAAUUCUCCACGAUUCAGGACUAUCAUGGAAGGUUAUAGAGCGCCGAGCCAUUCAAAUCCGCAAUGAAGAGAUCGUACGGUACUCGCGAGAAAUGUUAGCCAUUCCUUGGGAUUUGUUCAAUCUAAUUUUCUUGGAUGAAGUCGCGUUUGACAAUCGCGACAUGCUUCGCCGUAAAGGAUAUGGGGUAGUUGGGCAGAAAGUAGUGUACAGAGGUGAGUUUUGUCGAAAACCUCGUGAAUCCUUUUUGUGUUUUCUUGGAGUAGGAGGAAUCCUGGAUAGCUUUUGUACCGAAGGCACAUUCAAUAGGAAAAAAUUCGUUGAAAGUUGCCGCACUGUUGCUCUUAAAAAUCGCCAGGUUCAAAGCUAUCCAGGAUUUCACUCGGUCUGGAUAAUGGAUGGCGCAAGGAUUCACUGCGAUGCCAACAUUAUAAGAUAUCUCCGAUCAAUUGGAAUUAUCCCAAUUUUCCUUCCCGCUUAUUGCCUUUUCUUUAAUCCCAUUGAAGUUAUUUUCGGGAAAGUUAAGCAAUACUUGAAAAGGAUUCAUCGUGAAGGCGAUCCUGUCCGUUUAGACGUAUGCGAAGCAGUCAAUCAUUUCAGAUUGUAUUCAUGCUACAAAUUGUUCCAACACUGUGGCUAUUUUCCGGGAGGAACAUUUUUGCCAGAAAAGGCCCUUGAACAAAAUCAGAAGGAAUUUCACUUCAAUAUUAUUCCAGAGUAAUCACAAGCCAGUUACCAAGUGAAUGAAUUAUCUAACGUGUUAAUUAAACUGCCAAGUCUACACCACUAUAAUCAACUGCUGUACCCCAAAAUGCAAUAAUUAAAGUCC